AUGCCGAUCGCCCAAGAUCGUUUAGAACAACUUCAAGUUCUAAAGUUACUUCAGUCGGUUCGCAACGAGGAUGUCGAUCAAAUCGAGAAGCUGACAACUCACGGAGUUCCUUAUUUGAUCAACUAUUCUGGUAAGUGAAGGAAGUUCUUUGUAUUAAUACAAAAUCAAUUAACCCAGUAACUUGAGAAGAGCAGAGGUGUUAUUCGUCGCCAUAGAUUUUCGCGCGAGUAUCUAUUUGUUUGGGUUCUGCAGGGCGGGAAAUUUAAUAAACAGGAGUUUAUUUUAUUGAAGAUUGCUUCAUACAGAUCAAGUUGCGAUUAGAGAUUUUAACAGCUGCAUUGAAAAGAUACUUUAUCGCUGUAUGCUGGUGGAAACUUCUUACCAAAAUCUAAUUUUCCUUCAAUCGCUUUCUUUCAGGUUCAAAUUUCCAACAUCGUACGUACUGGGAUUAAAACAGAUUUAAAUCUUGUCUGUCAAUUUUACUCAGUGAUUCUUUAACAGUCUGCUUUCUUUGUUAUACAUCGCAAGCAUUUAGAAAGACACCUUUAUUAUAGACAAAAAGAUUAUUGGAUUAGGAGAUCAAUAGUUCAGGUCACAACGCCUUUUUACUUUGUUCAGCUCCAAAAUAGACUCAAAACAGGCGACAGAACUGAAUUUAGUAAUUUUGUGAUUUGCCCAUUGUAUGAUAUGCCUUACUGUCACUCAUUUAUUUAAGCUUAUAAAGUGGGCAGUCAAAUGGUAACGACACAGCCGAAGACAAUUGACUGAAUGUGUGCGGAACUUGCAAGUUUGAGCUAAACAAAUGGUAGCCGGUCAAGUUUUCCUGAUCAUUAAAUGACCAAGAGUCCAAAUAAUCUGCAUUUGUUGCAUCUCUACAUUUGCUUCCAGAUGUAGAAGUUUAAGUCAAUAGGCACCAAUUUACCAAGUACUAAAGAAAUGAAAAAGAACCCUGGUAUCUUACGAUAAUUCAUCUCUAACCUUCACAAAGCCAUCAUCAGAGCUGGAAUUUAAACUGGGGUACAGUUUCUGUAACCUGUGGCAAACUUUUAAUAAUAAUAUAAUAAUGAUUUAGUAUUUAUUAGACGCAAAAUAGCAUUCAAAUAUAUGAUCUAAUGCGUGCAAAACUUUCCAUUUAAGAACUACCAAUAUGUGUCUCACAGUUACCCUCAGGAAACUUGAUGUGUCACUCAAGUAAAACCCUGCCAGGCUGGGUUAGAAACUGGUUGGUUGACCAGCCAAAAAAAAUCCUGUCAUGAAGGCUCCUGUGCCAAUGACUCUCACAAUCUCCAAACAGAGUGCUUGCCUGCAGGACAGGAUACACAUUCCUGGAAACAUAAACCAAGCUUUAAUCAAAAUUUGUAUUUACUUGUUAAUCUAGAACCUGAGAAUGGUGAGACAGGUCUUCAUUUGGCUGCAUGCAAGAAUAACGAGAAGAUGAUCUCAUUUCUUCUUGAUCUUGGUGCAAGUCCAAACAUGGUAGACUUGAAAGGGCGGAGUCCUGCUAUGCGAGCAGCAGAGUUUGGCCAUGUCCAGGCACUGACUCUUUUAACAGAGGCAGAUACAGAUUUGACAAGUAAGGAAUUUAAUAUUUUUAUUUGAAUGAAUUUUAUACAAGAAUAAUUAUUUUUUAAUUUGCAACUUGCUUAUUUGAUUAUACCUCUUACAGUGUACACUGAAGCAGUUUGCUUAAAUAAUAACUUUGUUUUAUAAUUUAAUAGCUGUGAAAGGUUUGAACCCAGGAAACUCAACCUACUUUUGAAAUUUAAUAACUAUCAGCAAACAUGAUAACUUUUCUCUUUGACAGUCAGAGACGUUGAAGGGAAGGGAAUACUCUUCUACUGUAUCCAGCCUACAAAGCGUCAUCUAGAAUGUCUACAGAUUGCCCUUAAUCAUGGUGCCAGUGUGAACUACGUGGUAGGUUUGAUAUAUAGGUUUGAUAUAUAGACAAGGUCAUGUUCCCCUGUUGUGUUAGAGGAAACUCUUUGGAACGUCUUUGGACAUCUUUGGAUAUUAUUGGACCCCUACAAAAAUUCCUAGCACUCUCAGGAUAAAGUGUCAUGCCUCUAACUUAAAAAAAAUGCAGGUACAUUAAUGGUGCCAACUGCAAAACUGCAAUGUGAAACUUCCCCGUUUCAACCCUUUCUCCCACUUGCUUUCCCUAAAACAACCAAGGUACUCAUAAGUUAGUAUGAGUAUUUCCCAAUCCAUAAGCUACUUUUAAUUUUUAUUUUAAUAUGAAUUCUAUUCCUUGUUUUUAAACUAGAGUAAAGAUGGUCAGCCUUUACUGUUGGUGGCUGCCGAAGCUGGACUUGAUGACAUUGUAGCUGCACUUCUUAUCGCUGGGGCAGAUCCAAAUAGUGUUCAUGCAGUAUGUUACAAUUCAGAUUUAAAUGAGCUUAUAAAUGAUACAUAAUGCAGAGUACAGACCUCAAUUAAGAAGAAGAAAUUGCCUAUGAACAUACAUGCAAUGCAAGAGCCAUAUAUACGUGUACACAAUGUUAGUGUAGUCAGGUUACACGUGACAUCACCAAAAUUCAAGCUUAGGGAAUUAUUGAUUCUUCUGUGUUUUUACUUUCAUAAGGUAUAAGCCCAGCUAAACAUCAUUAUUCAUGAAAAUUUUCAGGUCAAAAGGGUUCUUCAUUUUGCAAUAGAGGACACUUGAAUUUCCAGGCUUUUGCAUGAAGCGGCAUUUAAUAUAGCUGGCAGCCAGGAAAGCUCGUUACUGAUUUUUUGAGAUUGGUCGGCAUUUUUAUUUUUGAAAACAGAGAAUACAAGUGCAAUUAAACUUUUUUCUGUAAUUUUACUCUCCUUUUAAAUGUUAGAUAACUGGCCAGACAGCCCUUCACGCGGCCUGUGCAGCUGGAAGUGUAGGGUGUGCCAGGGAAAUCUUGGAGGCUGGAGCUGACUAUGAUGCAGUAGACAGUGAAAAUAACCAUUCAACCCACAAGUGAGUAGAAACUCAUGAUUUAAACUACCACCAUGUUGAUUUCAAAUUCCAAUUCCAUAGAAACAUUGCUAUUUAGUUCCCAGUCUCCAGAAAGUACCUCCCUCCACUCCAACCCCUCGGAUAUCAUGCAGUCAUCACUCAUGUCUUUCAAGUUGCGACUUAAAAUUUUUUUAGCUCAUUUGGCAAACUUUGAAAGCAAGUUUUCCAGUAGUUGUGUUAAAAAUAGCAUAACUGGGAGACAGACCAACCCAAGGAACAGAACUAACUGAAAAGUCAAGUGGCAUCAGUAUAACAAGAGUGAAAACAAUGAAAAAAGAGUGUAAACUAUAUCCAAGAGAAAAAAAAAUUUCAAAGUAAGUGGCACAGAAAUGUUCAAAUACCUUGGUCACCCUUUCUUGAUGAAGUGCCCUCUCAGAGUAGGAUCCAGGUUUUUGUAAGAGACUCAGGUGGUUGAAUCAACCACAAAACAGAACAUUGAGUUUAAUUUGUCUUAUGGCAUUCACAAAACGUACAUUGAGGGAUGAUGAAAAGGAACCUGUAAAAAUGCAAAUUCUUACAAUGUCACUGGCAAGACAUACAUGAUAUCACUCAUAACAUGUAAAUGUUACAUUGUAGUUGGAAAUCAAGAUAAGGUUAAUGGCUAGCCACCCUGUCCACCUUCCUUGAUCCACCUCUGCAUUUUACCUAGCUAGUGACCGUUUGAGAAUUAAUGGGUCCUGUCACAUGAAGCCAUCAUUGGCCAAUUCCAAUAGAUCGAAUAAACCCAGUACUUGACAUGAAAAAAUUUUCAGACACCAUACUGUGUACAGUUCUUAACUAUGGUACCACACAGUCAUCUCUUGUCAAUUACUCAUAGUUUUUAUGGAAUUAAUCCAUUCGCCCCUGAACCGCCCAUAACCGCCCAUAACCGCCCAUAACCGCCUGUGCGGAUCCAAGUCCUUCCUACCCUUUGUGACGUCAUCAGUUUUAACGGUCAAGGACAACUUUGUCCACUAACUUGUGCAGAGUGAAGAGAUCUUUCAAACCAUACCAGAAUGAGUACAAUUCAGUCAAGGACACCGGAGAAAGAAGCAAAAAAACCAUGUGACAUUGACCUGAAAAUCUCCUUGAAAAUCUUGUUCCAUUGCUCACCUACCUUUCCUUUCACCUAAUCCUAAGAUCCUAAAAGCUUUCCUAAAAACUCUUCCCACCAAAACGAAGCCUACUAAAUGCCCAGCAAGAGAAAAAAAAACGAGGCAAGAAAAGUGAAAAAAGAGGGGAGGAGAGGAAGCAAAAAGUAAAAGUCAAGACUGCUGUGUCACUUUUAAACUUUGCUUUCUGUGCAUGCCCGAACUUCGCAAGCUGAUAUUUUGCAUCUGGAUCAGAAGGCCGCGAGGUGUACGACCUGUAAACCGGUUUAUGUAAGUUUUAGCUCUUUAUGGCACGACCGUGACCAGAAAACCACUUGACUAGCUUCAAAACACCUUUUUCGGCAAACUCUCCAGGAGCGAAUGAAUAAACUAGUUUAUUUGUUUGUUUUUUUUUCAUAGGGCAGCUUUGAAUGGGCACUUUGAAGUGAUUCGAGUUUUGGCAGCUUAUGGUGCUGAUCUUGGUAAAGUUGCUUUGGAUGGUAACACCCCUUUGCACUAUGCCGCUCAACAGGGAUUUGGACCCAUAUGCAAAUUUCUGGCACAAAGAGGUCAGUUGGUUUAAAUCGCUGUUAUAGCUGUAUGUUAUUUGCUUUAAGAGGCAUAAACAUAACUGUCUAGUCAGUUGGUAACGCACUUGUCUGCAGAACGGUUUUGCAGGUUCUGCCCCUUGAGCUCCACAAAUACUGAUGUGCGGGUCAUGAUGAGCUGUAGAAAUAGGAAACACUUAAUAACAUUGACUGAAAUCAGAUCUGUGAGCCUCCAAGGAUGAGUACAGUCAACUGUCUCUAAGACGGACACCUUUGGUACCAGCCCUGACAGUUGUCUGUCCAUCGUAGAGAGGUGUCUGGCUUAUAGAGAGUCAAGGUGACAUAUAUUUUAAAUUGAGCUGAACCCACUGGCAAUGAAUGCAUGUCUUUUAACUUGUACAAAACAGCUUAACCUGGAAGAUUGUCAAUUGAAUUGUAAGAGAAAAGUGAAAUUAUUAUUUUCUCACUAUGCAAUCAAAAAUUCAUUACAAGAGGGGGGUUAGUAAACAUUCAUGGCUUUGUGGCCUUAAAGCAUACUAUACACUCUGCAAACUGGAGCAAGACUACCAUAUCAAAAAUUUUGCAAUUUACUGUCAAGUACAUCACGUACAUUUCCAUUUUGGGGUAUUUUUCACUGGUUAUUAAAGCACUUCUUGAUUGUCCAUUGUCCAUCUUAGAGAGGUGUCCGUCUUACAGAGAGUAUAGUAGUUACAGUACAAAGACUGAAAAAUGGCAAAGACCAACACUGGGUGUCUGUCUUGGAGAGGUGUCCUUCUUAUAGAACUGUCUGUCAAGAGUGAUUUGACUGUAACCAUACCAAAACCUUGUUUCCACUGGUCACUUAAACUGAUUUACAGUGUAGGUCGAAGUGAUUAAGUUCCUUCCGCAGAAAUAGCAGUGAGCCCUCUGUCCAGUUGGCCGUGAACACAUUACCACAUAGCAUUCUCAAGGAAUUUUCUGUGCUUAAUGUGUUGACCCUUACUUUUGAAAAAAAAAACUAAUAAUUUCUAAAUGUCUGUUUUAAGUAUACUUUUCUUUGUCUUUUCACAUUUUUGGAGUCAGACACAUUUUUGAAACUUAAUUUUUGACUGUCGUGUUUUAUUUAAAUUUGUUUGGACAAGCAUAAUUCCUUCUUGCUAACAGGUUGUCCAUCAACAUUAAAGAACAAAGAAGGAAAAACACCCAGACUGUUGGCAAAGGAUAAUGAGCAUAAAGAUGCUCUGAAAGAAUGUCGUAAGGCAGAAAAACAGUCUGCUAAGUUGUCGAAAGGAGGAAGUAGAACAGGAGAGCCUUAUGCAAUCAGAGUAGGUAUUAUUGGAAGCCAGUGGUAACCACAUUUAUUAACCUUUUAAGCCCUAGUAUCCACAUGUAAAUUCUCUAGAAUUAUCUCCAUACAUUUCCUUAAAGAAUCAGUGGAGAGAAUUUGAUUAAGGAUCAAAACAUUUUCCUUUAGGUGAUCAUUAUGAAUUCUUAUUACCUUAUGUCUUGAUCAUGUAUUUAUAUUGUUUAAGAGAAAAUUGAUGUUUGUCACUUUAGUCAAUUACAAGGUUAAGGCUACAGGUAGGGUUUUCAUAUAGAAUUUUAGUAGCAGGAGAAAGGUGUAAUGUUACAAGAGAAUAGUUUGAAAGAUGCUCCACAUCUGAAUAAAAAAUAGUCUUAACAUUAACCAGAGAAUUCUGCGUAGUGAUGGGGAAUUCUCUGUCCUCCAAUGCCUAAUGAAUGCCCUGCUGCAGUUCCUUGAUCCAGUUGACCAGCAUUAUAGUAACGACAAUUGGACCCAAUGUUUAAUACAUGUACAUAGUUAUGUACAGAUGAUUGUAGGUUGAUUGUUUAGUUUUGUUUUCUUCUGUUUUGUAGCUUUAUGACUGGAUCCAAGAACAUGAGGAAAAAGUGCUGAACAUUUUUUAUCAGUUUGAUCCAGAGGAGGAAGAUGGGAGUAGACAAGGAAAAAUAACUAAAGACAACUUUGUCAUGUGUUUACAGACUAUAAGUAAGUUCUUGAGUCAGCAAAAAUGCAUGUUUGUAAUUUUCUUUGCAGAUUUAAAAGUUAGAAAAAUACUUGUUUACUUGAGAUGCAUCUAUUAUUUCAGCCAGAACCAGUUGCCAAAGUACGGUAAAAACUUAAAAACAAUGAAAACAUAAGAUCGUAUUUAGCCAAGCGAGGUGACAAGCAGGGUUCCUAUGUGAGUUACAGAUACUUCAUGUCUCAAAAUUUUUGCAACUGGUUGUUGCAUUGAAUGAUAUUAUGAGACACUUGAAAGUUAUUUUCUUAGACUGGUGUUUUUACAGAUACAGUUGUCACUAUACAAAUGUAUAUCUAUAGCCCUUAGAAAGUCAGUGAAAAAGAAUAUUAUUAUUCUGCUACAAGGUUUUUGUACACUAAAAUUAAAAUUACUCAAUGAGCAGCGUGCAAAGAAAGUCGUGUCUGACAGCCCGGGACUAGUGGAUUUUGCUAUCGGGCUAGUAAAUUCUGUUUUUAACUUGCCCGACGGGCAAGUGAUGUUUUUUGAGGAAUUCGAAUAACAGAAGAACUGUGAAACCAAUUCUGCUCGUGAAAAAGCUUUUGGGGCUAGUUGAAAUGAAGUCUGGGCUAGUAAAUGCUAGCUUCAGCUUGCCCAAAUGGCAAGCUGUAAAAAUGAGUUUCUUUGCACCCAGCUCAAUUUCCUGACUAUGGAUUGCGUCUUAAUCUGUAACAUAGCUGUAGACAUGUAAUAAUGAAGAAAGUCUAAUAAUUUACAGCUUGCCAUUUGGACAACCUGUAGCUAGCUUGCACUAGCCCAAAAAUCAUUUCAACUGGUCCCAAAAGUAUAUUAAACGUUUUGAUGAGCAGGAUUGAUAACACAGUUCUUCUGUAAUUUGAAUUCCUCAAAAAACUUUACUUGCCUGCCCAGCAAGUUAAGAACAGUGGGAGGUACAAUGGACGCUAGAUCUUGUUAACACUUCUGAAGGAAGCUGAUGAGUUACAUGGGGGCAUUUACAUGUACAGUACACCAUAUUCUUUCAACUCUACCUUAACUUACGGUGGCUGAAUUAGGCCUCCUCACCUCAACUACUGUUUUAACAAAGGGAAGACUAUAUACAUUUCUAUUCAAGAUUGGCGAAAACAAAUUAGUUACACUUUGUUGAAAGAAAAACUUAUUCUAAAUAACUGCCUGGUCACUUAUUCAAGGAAACAUUUGCUCUUUAAAAAUAAUUAACCCAUAAUUUAAUUAUAAUCAUGGGUACUAUAACAGAAGUUUAAAUUAAUGUAGUGCUAAUACAGAUGUAUGUGUUCUUUUGUUGUUUACAGAUUGUCCGGUAGAUGUAGAGGAUUUGAAUAAACUGGCUCAAAUCCAUGACCCUAAUAAAGAUGAUGCUUUAGAUUAUCCAAUGUUUAUUAGUUGUAAAAAAUUUAUUAGUAAGGUAUGUAUAAGGAAUUUUGUCCUUGAGAAAACAACUUUUAUUAAAAGCAAAGUUUAAGACUGAUUAUUUUCUGUACAAGCUAUAAUAAUAAAUUAUAAAUGUGCAGAGAACAUUUUCAGACUUUUGAAAACUAAAGUUAAAUUUUAUUUUUCUCUUUCUGUUGCAGCAAUUUAUGGUUGUAGUUGGAAAGGUAUUGCUUGAAAUGGAUACAGUGUUUAUUUUUUUAAUUACCACUAACUUCUUACUGGAACCUACACUGCUGCACUUGUAGCUCUGCUGAAUGACAAUAAUAUUGUUGUUGAUGAUGAUGAUUAUUUACAUUAAUCAUUGAUAGAGUGAUAAUGUUAAUCACUUUUACAAGGCUAAAAAAUAUUAAAAUAAAAAAUGAAUGCUCUCAAAAACUUUUGGUUGUAAUUUUUCUUUUUCAGUUUUUUGUGACCUUGUUAAUUUUCUGUGCUGAGUUUUUAGUCAUACACAUUUUACAUGUACAUGUACAUGUGUAGUGUUCUCUUUUGACAUUUCUCUUACUUGGUGGUUUCUUAUAGAAAAAAAAGAAAAAAGGCGGUGGAAAAAAAGGGAAGAAGAAGAAGGUAACUGUUUGCUUAAAGUAUAAUGGCUACAUGGUUGGAUAUAGUGCAGCAUUUUUGUGCACUGACUUUUUCAUCCCUUUAUUUGGGAGUGUUGCAAGAAAUAGUUUUGGGCAUGAACUAAAUCAUAAAUCUGUAGGUCCACUGAAAAAUGUGAAAAAUCACCUUUGAACAGCAAAGGAAAAACGUUAUUCCCUUUCCAAUCUGCAUUUACAAAACCGUGAAGAAAAGUGCGAGAUAGGGGAGUUGUUCUGGGCUAAAGAAGAACGGUUCAAUGUUUUUUAAAUGAAAAUGUUUCGCAGGAAAUUGUAGGAAAUUCCCAUGAAGUCAAAGUAAGUGCAAACCUUACAGCAAGAAUUAUUGUAUCUUACCUGCAAACUGUUUUAAGGCUGAUGUCAGUAAUCAGCCUUUUGACACCAUUCUCUAUGAGGUUUCUGUUGUAAGACCUCAAACUUCAGUAUGAGCCAGGAUUUUUUAAACGCAUAAUGCAAUAUUCUCCUUGUUAGUAAGUAACGGUAAAUAAUAGGCAGAACUUGCUGAAUACCUUGACUGUUAAAAGGUUCUUUAACCCUGUUAAGUACAUUUUAAAUAACUAGUUUUAACUAAAGUACAUGUAUGACAACUAGUUUUAACUAUAAGGCUUAUUUUUCAGGGUAAGACGAAAAUCCCAGUUCCUAUCUGUACAGCACCAGAUGGUCCUCGGACAAGACAUGGAGGCCCUCCAGCUGAUUAUGUGGAGAGAUAUGUG